CGCAUGUCUAAUGUGCGUGUGCUAACUUUAUCUCAUGCCGCACAGAUAGACUACUACUGUAUUUUUACCACUUUUCUUUCACCUCAUAUUUGGUCUCAAAUGCUGAUACUAUGUGGGAAUGCAUAAAGACUAUGAGCUGCAGGUUAGCCUAUCGGAGGCGUUGUGUCGUCUGACUCCCAGGAAAGAGCGAGCCAACAGAGUCAAUGAGUGGUUCUCCUGCUGUGACAUCCGCAAAGUCUUUUGUGACAUCCAAGAUGCAGACUUUGAGGUGGACUGUAGGCGUUUCCUGAACUUCAUUAACCAUCGCCAAGGCGACCAGAGAAGGGUUCACACCUUCCCGUGCCUGAGAGCCUUCUUGGAAUCCACAGAGCUGUUUCGCCCCAAAGAUGAGAAACUGGACGAGUUCUGGGUGGACUUCAACUUUGGGUCACAGUGUGUCAGCUUUUUCAUUGACGUGCCUCAGGGUUUCCUGUGGGGGUCGGUCCACCUGCAGAGGGAUGACGUGGACGACUACAAAGUGCAGCUCCAGCAGGAUGAAUGCACUGGGGCUCAGGCGGUCCUCAGUGUCCAGCUAAACGGUCCCAUCAUGCACCUCAACAGCAAAGGUCAGAGGGUGAAGCUGCUCUUCCGCACCGAGUUCCUCAGAGAGCUGGAGGUGGCGGCCGGCAGGGUCUUCAUUGUGUCUCCGAGUGGAUCCAGCCAAGACACAGGUGGCACACCUCAGGCGCCACCCACCCCUGCUGGGACACAUGGUAGACUCUUUAAAAGGAAGAAGCUGAAGGUUCUUCCUUUGUCAUCCCCGAGCAGCGAUGAAGACUCUAUGGCCAAGAGGCCUCGUGUAAGCAGAGCAUCGAUCCUCUUCGACAGAGUUAGACACUCGACGCCAUCGUACAAGUCAGGCCUUCUUGUGGAGGCGGGGCCUACGAGCCUGCAGGCAGAGACGUCGGAUAUCUCUGCAAUAACAAUGGAAGUUUCCAGUUUCGACAGGAUGCAACCAGUUGGAGAUUCAGGCUACCGCUCAGAUGGACUUGAGGCUCUGUCUGGGCAGAGGAGGAAGGAGGAUCCCGACGGGUUGGAGCCUGAAGGGGCGGUGCCACAUGAUGAGGAGGAGGAGGAGGAGGAGGAGGAGAAGCGUUGUGGAGUAGACAAAGAAGAGCCAUCCCUGACAAGGCAGAAGGCAGACAAUGUUCUGGAGGUGGACGCGCAGUUUGAAAUGACUUCAAGCAUCCAAAAUGCCUUCAGCGUCUUCAAAACAAAACUUGCACAACAUUACACUGGCUGCUUUCAGAAAGUGGAAUCAGAGGUUCUGUCGUCACUGAAGGACUGUCAAGAACAUGUCUCCUCGCUGUUCUCAGCUGUCCAUCAACAGAGGUUGUUUCUGAUACAAAAAUUUGAAAAGUCUAUUGGAGAUCAGCUGAAGUGUUUGGAGGAAAGCUCGACUAAUCUCAACAACAUGUGCUCUCAGAUUGUGGGAUUCUUCCAGACGGAGAUGAAGCGACUCUCCAACGUCUGUGACCAACUCCACCAUAGGUUGAGGACUUUGGAGGAUGAAGGGGCGGAGCCUUCGUCCAGCCAGUGAAGGGAGUCAAGAUGAAAAAGCCAAUGACAAAUGCUACCUUUAUCAGACUUUGCUAUUCAAUGUUUGUAAACAAAUAAAAUAAGGUCAACCAAGUU